AAAGGACUCAUUUGUUCCUGACAGUCAAAGUGAAACAAAGCCAACAAGGUAGAGAGGAGGGAAGACAUAAGGGAUUACCAUGGUGGCCAUCACAGAGAUCCAGAAGAUUGGUAUCGGUGUGAUGGGAUUUGGUUUAUUUUUCCUGCUCUUUGGUGUGCUGCUGUACUUUGACUCUGUCUUGCUGGCAUUUGGGAAUAUCCUAUUUCUGACUGGUUUGAUGUUCAUCAUCGGCUUCAGAAGGACAGCCCACUUCUUCUUCCAAAGACACAAGUUUCGAGGUUCUUUUUUCUUCCUGGGGGGUGUGUCUCUGGUGCUGUGCCGUUGGCCAUUCAUUGGAAUGCUGGUGGAGAGUUAUGGCUUUGUGCUUUUAUUCAGGUCUUUCUUCCCCAUGGCCUUGGGAUUUGUGCUGUCAGCUGUCAAUAUUCCUUUCCUCAACACAUUUUUCUCCAGAAGCUCCUCCAUGGUCUGAGCAGAUGAACAUACAGCAGAGAAGGGGGGGGGGGCUGUUGCUAUCGUUUACUUUGCUGAUGACCAGGAAGAAUAAUUUAUAUUUUACAAUGUACUGUAUUUUGUCACAUAUUAGGUUAAAAUUAAUAACCAAGCAGUCAAAUAAUAAUUUUCCUAAAAGUUAGUCUAACUUGAAAUCAUACAAAAUUAAAGUCUUGCAGUUGUACAGGAUCUAUUUUCCAUCUUUGCAAUUAUUUGCUGUUUUUGAAUCUUUUAAUAUCGUAUUGAUGUUUUUUUUUAUUUAAAAAAAUGAAUGUCCUUAUAUUGUCUGCCAGGUUCACAUACUGUAUAAUAGUGUCCGUAAAGACACGCACAGGGGCUAUACAUGUUAUAAAAAAGGAAGCAGAUUUAAUGAUAACCAGUAAAGACUUGCUGCAAAAAAACACAGGUUCAGAUGAGGAGAACCUCUGAUCAGUCUGCCUUAGACAAGCUGACAUCAGGAGAUGGUAAAUGCUAAAUGGACUGCAGUCAUAUUGACCACUCAAAGCGCUUUACGCUUUACACUACUGCCACAUUCACCCAAUCACACACUCAUUCCUAUAGCACUUUUCUAUGCGGACAGCACUUCUAUACAAACUCAUUCACACACAGACAAUACAUCAGUUCAGUAUCUUGGACCAUUCAACAUACAGACUGGAGGAGCCUGGGAUUGAACCACCAACCUUCCGGUUUGUGGACAACCCGCUCUACCUCCUGAGCCUGUGAGAUGCAUGAAUUAAGAAAAGUAUACUGCGACCUCUGCAUCUUUAGAAGACACUCUCUAAUUCUUCAACUGUACUGAAAUGUGCUGUUAAUAACAUAUUGCUCUUAGGUACAACUACCGAUAACUGUGGUAAUAUACAAGAUCGGUAAGCCUAAGUCUUCCUACACUUCAUUCUUUGUUCAGAUUUUGCUUUGUAAGUUCAGGCUUUUCAAAGCACAAAUACAAAUAUUAGCUUUCUUCUGCUACUUCAAUUGCUUACCUGUCUAACAAAUGCAAUAGAAACAUCAGUACUGAUGUAUGUCAGAGUGUGAAGCUCCAUCUAACUGUCAAAUGCUGCAAAGAUAUUGACUCAAGUUUUGGGGGAAGCAAAACUAGGUGUACAGCAUGGUCGUAUCUGAGGGUUCCUGACAGACCUUUUUUCCAAGAAAACAUCUAGUGCCUUUCUGGACAAUCCUUAGCUACUUUCUAUAGAUAAGAGUCAUCAGUAUUCCCAUACGAGCACAGCUCUAUGCGUGUCAUUCAAUUGACUGCAUGGCAGCUGACACAGACGUGAAUGAGCUUCUAACUUUAUCUCUGAGUGAUCAUUUUUCAGGUAAAUAUGGCCGAAAUCACAACACAGUCGUUGUCUUUAACUUAUGACGAGGACGCAGUUAUAAAAUCAGGAUUUUAGCAUAAGAGCAGCAGCUUCGAAAUGGCUUGGAAGGGACUGCCGGUUAACAUGGAGUCUUAAUGGGCUGCGUUUCAAUCACUAUUUUUCACACUUGUUCCAUUGUUUGACAACAGAAAGAGAAAACAUGUCAAUGAGAACAGCUUUAAUGGGAAUUCAGCCGCAUUAAAACACUGUAUAUGUGAGCACAGAGAGUAGGAGAGAAGCAAACAGAUGAAGGGCAGUCCAGCCACAGACUAGGUUUUUACAUAGCCCUGUUUGAAGUGAUAAUCUUAUCAACAGAAUGACAUAUAUGUUUACUGCCUUCAAAACUGGUACAAACUGUUACACGGUUAAAAAACGAUUCACAUCAGACUUUUCUGAUAUCUCCCCAGUGUGGCUCAGGUUUGGUUCAACUCUUAAAUUUCUGUAGGAUCUAGUUCCACUUUGUUGUAUUGCCUUACUGUUACUUUUUAAAGAAAUUAUUGUGUGAAAACACAUGGCAUUAUUUUCUGCAUAAUUGGCAUAUUGGCAGGUUCAGCCUAGAGCAUUGUUUUAAUAUUUGAAUUUAACUCUAACAUUUAUCUGUAGAGUGUCUUGGGGCUCUGUAUACAACCCUGUUUCCCAGAAAGUAUGUUUCUAUAAAACUAAACUGCAAAUAUGUUUUGUAGGAAGCGUAAUUGUGACCGGAUUACUUUUUCUGUUAACAUAAAGAUGAUAAGUUGUUCAUUUAUGUUUUUGCCAGGUCACAAAUCUGUUGAAACUGAACGUAUCGGUAAAAUGUUCAUAGGCAACAUAUCUAUGAUCUUGCAGGAAAACAUCCAUUUGUAGUGAAUCCAGCAUCAUUAAAUUGUUUUACCAAACCCAUCGUCUUUCCUGAACCUUAACCAUGUGUAACUUCAUUCAUUCAAAAAUAUGUUGCCUCUGCACAUAAUCCAGCAAGAGUUCAUGUUUCCUACAAAACGUAUUUGCUGGUGCAGUUUAGUUGUAAAGAGACGUAAUUUCUAUUUCUCAAAAUAUUUUAUUGUUUUUUUUAAAUUAUUAUCCUCCCUGUGUUCCCUCCUGAGAGGAGGGGGAAGACUGGUAUGGUGUCUACAGCACAUGUGGUGUGACCUCAGUGGGAUUGAGCCUAGUGUCUCUUAGCAGCAGGCAAUCUGCCCUGGGUGAUGGGUUUGAUUUAUUUAAAAUGUUGUCUUUUGCCAUGUUCCUUUGUUAAAGAAAAUCUUUUUAAUGUUUAUUUUAAUACAGAUAUGUGUUUAGAUUCAUUGCUUUGCUCACAUUUCCUUUGCUAAUCAUUAUUGAUCCAUAAAAUAAAAUAGUAAUUAUCUGAAUUUUGUAAAAUCCUGGUUGGUAUGCUGUGCUUGAAUCUAGUUCUUGAGUGU